AUGCCAGCAUUAAAACGUCAACGACAUCGAGAACAACAUUCCUCGACCUCACACUCAUACACCAAGCCACAUUUCUUCCCCACCACUUGUCUACCGGCUCUUGUCUGCCCAAGACAACCAGUCGGCAAGAUGGUUAAGCAAAACGACGUCAUCGCCAUCAUCAUCAUCAUUCUGUUUAUCGUCCUGGCGGGUAUCUCGUUUGGCAUCUACAAGCUCGUCUCGAUGGCGAGGUCCAGCGUCAGCGUCACGUCGUCGUCCAGCACGGGCAGCACUUCACUAGUCGACGACGAUCAAUGA